AUGAAUAUCGAUAGAACCGCGAUACUGACAACCGUAAAAACCAGCAGUGUAGCUGCUCUAGGAAACGCCACACACACGUCCCGCGUUUCGCUACUUUUUUGGAUAAAGCCAAGCGAGGUGGAUCCUCCGAGAGAGAGAGAGCAACAUGAUAGGAACAUUAAUCAUGGACAUGUUUGCCGUUCAUUGUGUGAUGGCGUUGUUUGUGUACCAAGCAAGCAGCCUGCAAACAGAGACCAACUGUCCGGUGUGAGGGUUCUUAGUCGUAAAGUACUAAGGUUCUUGAACAUGGUGCGAACGUACAAGAAGAAAACUGCAAGAGGUAUUAUUCCAAUUGAACAAUAUGAAAGUGCCAUGCAGGCCAUAUUACACGAAAAAAUAUCAAUUAGAGAUGCUGCUACUCGCUACGGGGUUAAUUUUAUGACGUUACACCGCUAUAUGAAAAAAAAGUUAGCCCUAAACGUUGAAAACAGAAGCAAGUGCUUAGUUGGCUACGCUACGCACAGAAAAAUAUUUAACGAUGCCGAAGAACAGGAACUUGCGAAAUACACAGAAGGAGGAAGAAAGGACAAGACAAAGAAAAAAAAAAUGUGGGAGCAACUAAAAGAAACAUAUCAGGUGAAUUAA